AUGGACGAGCAUCAGCUACAUACCGAUGCUUCGGGCCCUCAGCAAGCAUCUGGCGAGCAGCAGGAUGACCAACAUCAAGAAAUAACGCGGCAGCCUUCCUCACCAUUAUCCCCAAGAAGCGGCGCCGGAAGUGGCAACAGUGACAACAGUGGUAGUGGAAGCGGCCGGACAUAUACAGGUCCCGUUGCCCCGGCGUCCACAGAGUUCGAUGACGAGGAUGACGUUACACCGCCUGCAUUUAAGAAACCUAUAUCACUUCCGCCCGCUGCGAUCGAUCCUAAUAUCGGCAUGGACAUUGACGGUACAGCGCCGGCCGCCCUGCAACCAGCCGACGACACCGCAUCAUCAUGGAGUGCGUCCUCAGACCGCCAACUCGGUCAUGGAAGCGCUAGCAGCAUGGCCGAUCCAGCUGACCGUGUUUUCCCCAUACGCUCCAUGGUCAAUGUCGACCAGUCGCAGUCGACCCCCUGGUCUCGCAGCUCGGGCGAGCAUGAAUACUUUCCUCGCUUCGAGUCUAUGAGCAGCAACGUUCGGCAACGUUCUAGCAACGCACGUGCUGAGUUGGAGAGUAUAAAGCGGUCCGAGACUUUCCCUGCGCAAGAUCGCAACGGCUCAGUCCCCUCGACGGCGAAACGGAAGGGCACGCUGUCAGGGUCUAUUGGAAGCCCUAUCAGUGACGCACAACCUCUGCCAAUAUUCACUGAUAGUUCCUCCGAUGGCGGUUCCGAUAAUGCCAACGAGGCUGCUCCUUCAAGCGUGGAAGGUGCCAGCCAGGAUUCGGGUGAUCGCGAUGUCAACGAGCAGCUCUAUGCCCCUCGUUUCAGACACGUUCAAACUGAGGAAGGUCAUUAUGUCAUCACGGGCAGGGAUGGUACACUGCAGAGGUGUGAGGACGAACCUAUUCACACGCCCGGAGCAGUGCAGGCCUUUGGUUUAUUGAUUGCCAUCAAGGAAGACAGCGAUGGCCACUUCGCUGUCCACGUUGCCAGCGAAAACUCAGCGCAAGUCAUCGGCUAUUCUCCACAGCAGCUUUUCAAACUCGGUAGUUUCCUGGACAUAUUUUCCGAAGAACAGGCCGACAAUAUUCUAGACCAUAUUGACUUCAUCCGAGAUGAAGACGCCGAUGUUGCUACCAACGGCCCCGAGGUCUUUAGCGUGUCUCUACGCCCUCCCAAGGAGAAGAGCGUCAAGUUAUGGUGCGCGAUGCACAUCAACUCCGCACAGCCUGAUUUAAUCAUCUGCGAGUUUGAGUUGGAGGAUGACCAUGAACACCCAUUGCGCCCAAUGGACGAAAUGACGCCGCCAGCUCCCGAGGAUACCCUGUAUCAGACGCCCACUUUGGAAGAGUUCAAUGAGAGCACAGAGAUUAGUAGCAAGCCUCUCAGGGUCCUUCGUAGCGCCAGAAAGAAGCGCGGAGAAGCUGGUGCCAUGCAAGUCUUCGACAUCAUGUCCCAAGUCCAAGAGCAACUCGCAUCAGCGCCAACCUUGGACAAGUUCUUGAAAAUUCUAGUGGGUAUAGUGAAGGAGUUGACUGGCUUUCACAGAGUUAUGAUUUACCAAUUCGACUCUUCUUACAACGGAAAGGUCGUCACUGAGCUGGUUGACCCUACACAGACGCGAGACCUCUACAAAGGACUCCAUUUUCCAGCUUCCGACAUUCCCCGACAAGCCCGCGAGCUCUACAAGAUCAACAAAGUGCGGCUACUGUACGAUAGAGAUCUAGAAUCCGCACGGCUGGUGUGUCGGUCGCAGGCAGACAUGGAGAAUCCAUUGAACCUCACCCACUCGUAUCUCCGCGCCAUGUCACCAAUACAUCUAAAGUACCUUGGCAACAUGGCCGUGCGGGCUUCCAUGUCCAUCUCGAUCAAUGCCUUCAACGAGCUCUGGGGUUUGAUUGCUUGUCACUCAUAUGGACCCAGAGGUAUGCGGGUUGCUUUCCCAAUCCGAAAAAUGUGCAGAUUAAUUGGUGACACUGCUUCGAGGAAUAUUGAACGGCUCUCGUACGCCUCUCGCUUGCAGGCAAGAAAGCUGAUCAAUACUGUUCCCACCGACAAGAACCCUUCUGGAUACAUCAUUGCCUCGUCAGACGACCUCCUCAAACUAUUCGAUGCUGAUUUCGGCAUGCUCUCCAUACGUGGCGAGACCAAGAUACUGGGAAAGCUAGAGCGUUCACAAGAGGCUCUUGCCAUGCUCGAAUAUCUACGGGUCAAAAAGUUCACGUCGGUCGUGACCACGCAGGAUAUCUGUGCAGAUUUCCACGAUCUUCGCUACCCCCCUGGCUUUUCCGUCAUUGCCGGCAUGUUGUAUGUGCCUCUCAGCGUUCGCGGCCAUGACUUCAUCGUCUUUUUCCGAAAAGGCCAGAUCAAGGAGGUCAAAUGGGCAGGCAACCCGUACGAAAAGGUAAUUAAGGAUGGCACAUCCGAGUACUUGGAGCCACGCACGAGUUUCCAAGUAUGGCACGAAACAGUCAUUGGCAAAUGCAGGGAGUGGUCUGAAGAACAAGUGGAGACGGCAGCUGUGCUUUGCUUGGUUUACGGUAAAUUCAUCGAGGUCUGGAGGCAAAAGGAGGCGGCGCUGCAGAACAGCCGUCUCACGAAACUGCUCCUCGCAAAUUCGGCACACGAAGUACGCACACCGCUCAACGCAAUCAUCAAUUAUCUGGAGAUUGCUCUCGAAGGCAGCCUCGACCAAGAGACACGCGACAACCUUGCAAAGUCGCAUUCUGCUUCCAAAUCUUUGAUUUACGUCAUCAACGAUUUGUUGGACUUGACCAUGACGGAGGAGGGUCAAGAUCUCAUCAAAGACGAAAUCAUUGAUUUCCGGGCUUGCUUGAAGGAAGCUACCGACCCAUUCAAGAUAGAUGCCAAGAGAAAGGGCAUCGAAUACGAAGUUAUCGAACAUCCCGGUUUGCCUCUACACGUCCAUGGUGACAACCGGCGAGUACGACAAGCUAUUGCCAACUUGACGGCAAACGCUGUCGAACAUACGAAAGAGGGUUCGGUCAGGAUUGAAUGUUUUGUGACAGAAGUAGUUGGUUCCAGGGUGAAAAUUGAGAUCGUGGUUCAGGAUACUGGGAAAGGCAUGAAUAACGCGAAGCUGGACGCCCUGUUCCAAGAGCUUGAGCAGGUCAGUACGGACGACUCUCUCGAUGAUGUUGACCCAACUGCAAGCGAUCGCGCCCUGGGCCUCGGCCUGGCCGUUGUUGCAAGAAUUGUUCGCAAUAUGGAUGGCCAGCUGCGGCUCAAAUCGGAAGAAGGCGUUGGUACACGGUUUGUGAUCCAGUUGCCAUUUGAGCUCCCAAGCCCGGCCGAGCCACCUCAACCAGCGACCACCAGCGACAGUACCCCCAAGCCGUCAACCAAUCAAUCAAGUAUGGCAUCUGUCACAAAGACUCUGCCGCCAGCCGAGGACGGCGAACUCACCCUCACGAGCCAUCCCACACAUUCUUUAUCCAACGCGUCCCUUAGGGAACGUCGGAGCUUUGAUGAUGCCGGAAGCAUUCAGAGCAUCCCGAGCCUCAAAAGUGCGACCAGCAAGGGUAGUGGGAACAGCAACAUGAGCGACGCGGAUCGACUCAUCGACGCUCUUUCAACUCCGCUACCAUAUGGAGAGGGAUCGGAAGGCGAGAAUCCAGGCAUUCAACGGGGAGGCCACGGUCAUAGCCACCGCAACUCCGUGAAUAGCGGCAGACCACUCCCGUUUACAAAGGAUGAGAAGCAUCCAGAGCGUCCUUCUCCACAUCGAUCGACCACUUCACCCGUUGGGGAAACUGCCAAGUAUGCAUCAGGCAUGGCUUUUGUCAAGGAUUCGAAAACUCCAGUCCGGCCCGUCAAGGUGCCUGAUGACUUUAAAGACGCACCACCGACAGGCCAAACAGGACAGGCUUCCGGAGUUUUGUUCGAGAUACCCAACCGAGAAAACCCAGCAUCCUCUGUACCAAUUGCUUCCCAAGCUUCGUCAAAUCCAUCAAACCCAUCUGUGCCUGACGAUUUUAGAAAGCUUAGGGUUCUCAUCGCUGAGGAUGACCCAGUCAAUAUGAAGAUUCUCAGAAAGCGCUUGGAGAAAACUGGUCAUACCGUAGUUCACGCCAUGAACGGCGAAGAUUGCGCAGCUGUGUUCACUGAACGACCCCAGGAAUUUGAUGUCGUUCUCAUGGACAUGCAGAUGCCAAUCGUGGAUGGUCUCGGAAGUACCAAGUUGAUCAGAGCAUUCGAAAAGUCCGAUGCGUGCACAGAACUGUCUCCUUUAGCACAGCAUCAAGGAAGAGUGCCCAUUUUCGCUGUAUCCGCUUCUCUCGUUGAGAAGGACAAGAGAGUCUACGUCGAAGCUGGGUUUGAUGGCUGGAUCCUAAAACCCAUCGAUUUUAAAAGACUCCAUAUUCUGCUUGACGGCAUCACAAAAGAUGAUACGCGAGAUGGUUGCCUUUAUGUUCCUGGACAAUGGGAACGCGGUGGUUGGUUUGGAAGUCGAUCUUCGUCCGACGAACCAAGCGCAACAACGUAG